GGCGGGUCCGUGAAGCGCUGACUGUCUACGCUUCAAAGAAAACUGCGAUUUGACUUGCAGUGUUGCAACACAGUGAAGACGCGGAGUGGGCGGAGUGGGAGUUUUCUCUUCACACAACUACUUUUCGUUGUUGCCUCCGACUUUCAGUUUAGCCGGACUGCUGCUUUUGUGUAUCUAUAAGUCUUAAAGUUUUAAAAUGUCCAGCGACCUCAGGCCAAAGCUGUGCGUCUUAGAAAAAGGGGAUAACGGCUACGGUUUUCAUCUCCACGGCGAAAAGAACAAGCCAGGUCAGUUCAUUCAGCAUGUGGAGGCCGACUCUCCGGCCGCCGCCGCGGGUCUGCUGGCCGGGGACAAACUGGUGUUCGUGAACGGGGAGAAUGUGGAGGACGAGAAGCAUCAACAGGUGGUGUCCCGCAUACGAGACAUCACGGACCAACUAGAGCUCAUCGUGAUGGAUGCAGAGACCGCAGAACUGCUGCAGAAGCACAACUUGAAGUGCCAGAAAGAGUAUGUGACUGAUGGCAUACCGAUAGCGAGCAGUGCUGGAUCGGACCAUGAAGACGAAGUGAAGAACGAGACAUCAAGGGAGUCCACCCCUGUCCCGGAAACAAACGGGGACAUACGCAUGGAUAGACUGAGCGUGAGCUCCAAGGAAUCAAAGAAUGAGCUGCGUCCACGUCUCUGUCACAUGAAGAAGGGUGCCACCGGAUAUGGCUUUAACCUGCACACAGAGAAGUCAAAACCUGGCCAGUACAUCAGGGCGGUGGAUGAGGACUCCCCAGCAGAGAAAUCUGGACUUCGGCCCCAAGAUAAAAUAGUGCAGGUGAAUGGCAUUGCUGUGCACACAAUGCAGCAUUCAGAAGUGGUGGCAGCCAUCAAGACAGGAGGAGAUGAGACCAGACUGCUGGUGGUGGAUCCUGAGACAGACGACUUCUUCAGCAGCUGUGGUGUCCUUCCGACUGAGAAACAUCUCACAGGUCCUCUUCCAGAGCCUGUUUCCAGCCAUGAUUCAGAAGAUCAUGUGAAUGGAAAAGCAACUCAGGAGGAAAAGCCUAAAGUAGCUAUGAGCCUGUCGACCUCCAGCACCUCCUCCAACACCUCCACUUCUGCAGCUCCAGCCAGCACCUCAGCACCAGAGGACAAACCAAAAGAGAAGGCUUCAAGUGAUGACGCAGGACUAUCUCUGAACAUAUCGCUGCAGCAGGCCAAGGAACGCGCUCACCAGAAACGCUCUAGCAAGAGAGCCCCGCAGAUGGACUGGAGCAAAAGAAAUGAGCUCUUCAGCAACCUCUGAGCCUCCUUUGUGCUUCCCAUCUUCCUCUCGCCCAUUUCUUUUCAUCUGUUUUUCUUUACUUCCUCUACAAUUGUCCGUCCCAUCAUGCCUCUCUGCUCCUUUGUUCUCUCUCUCAGUACACUUGUACACAUUUAGAAACCCUUUCACAUGUGUAUUUUUAAACCAGUGUUAUUUCGCCUGUGAUUUCUGAAUCUGUUGAUUUUUAAUGUUUGAUCAACUUGAUUUACCUCUGUAUCGCUGAUAAAAGAUGAAAUAUAUGAUUUAACAUUACUGUAUAAUGUACAGUCUAGAAUAUAAUUUUUUUUAAAGAAGAACGCUUAAAUGAUAUCUGAAACAAAUCUGUAUAUUCUCUUGCUUUGCUUACAGUAAUAUUGAUGGCCCUUUGAAAGCGCUGUAUAGUGUCUGAUGAGUUGCUUCAGGACUAGUCUUAACCAUAGAGUUUUGAAGUAACUUUUAGAGCAGCAGCAAUCCAUUGAUUUUUCUUUUUUCGUGUGUGUGUGUGUGUGUGUGUGUGGUUAUGAUCAGUUCAUAACAUGAAGUGUAGAAACUGCAGCCUAAAUGUGAGCUGUUCAUGGUUUGGGACCCAUUAACCACUGAAAUGAACGCGUUUGACUGAAUUGACGCUGUUGGCUGAUAAACCUUCUAAUUAAAGGUUUUAUUUAAAGUGCUUGUUUAGUGGAUGUGCUGUGCUUUUUAUACAGCACAUGGUAAUAGUGGGAGUGAGUGCUGGAUGUUUAAGUGUACGUUUACUUUUUAUUUUUAUAUCCACAGCAAAUGCUCGCUUCACUCCAUAUGACUUUAGUUGGUAAAUUUGUAAAGUACUGAAAUGGACCUGCUUUAAAUAACUGUUAAAGAACCAUGUCUCUUUGUUCUACACCAAAAACGAUGAACAUUUAAAAAAAUGGCCAGUCUGUUAUGACUAUAUUUAUACACGUGUUGCACAAUAUAUAGCGAUGCCAGAAAAGCAUUGUAAUACCCUGCUGUUAAAAACGAUACUAUUCCUUGACAGCGUUUUAAUAAGAGUUGUAUUUCCUGAGUUGCGUCUGUUCAAAGUAUUUGGCAUGUUGGAUCUGUGCAUUAGGUCUUAAAGUUACAGCAGCCUAAUAAACCUGCUGCUCUCCAUGUCACUAAU